CUUCGGUUUUAUUGAAAAUUCACUUGAAACAAAAAGAGAAAUAAGCCAAACCCUGAGCAAGACGCCGAUCUCUGCAAACACAUCUGGCUUUUCCUGUUACACAGAAUCAGGAGGAAGAUCUCAGCUCUCAAUAUCAUCACCCUGUGAGUGCGCAAGGUACCCGUCGCCGUCGGAUACCUCUCGCCUUAUCGGAGGAUGCUGAAAACGAACUCUUCUUCCUUCCCAUAAAGAGUUCAAUGUAAACUUCAUCAAUAACAGUAUCUCAAUGCUUGAAAAGAUGGGGUGCCCAAGUCAAGAGUCGGAAGCCAUUACCCUUGCUCAAGAAACCAAAGACACAUCCUGCACUCCUCUCAGAAGUCCCUCAGCAUUUAUUAUAAAUACCGAAAUUGGUGCAGUUUUAUCUGUCAUGAGAAGAAACGUAAGGUGGGGAAUUCAAUAUAUUGAAGAUGAAGAUCAAAUAGAGCGUUCCCUUAUCAAAUCCUUCAAAGAAAUAAGAAGAGAAGUCUUCUCAUGGCAAACCCAAUGGCACACCAUCAAUCCCAUCCUCUAUUUACAACCCUUUUUAGACGUAAUCCAAUCCGAUGAAACCAGUGCACCAAUCACUGGUGUUGCUUUAUCUUCAAUAUACAAAUUCAUAACCCUUGAAGUCCUUCAUCUAAACACUGUCAAUGUAGCCGAUGCAUCGCAUAAAAUCAUUGAUGCAGUCACAAGUUGUCGCUUUGAAGUAACAGAUCCUGCAUCUGAAGAAGUCGUAUUGGUCAAGAUACUUCAAGUUCUCCUAGCUUGCAUGAAGAACAAAGCAUCUGUUAAAUUAAGUAACCAACAUGUAUGUGACAUGGUCAACACGUGUUUCCAGAUAGUUCAUCAAGCAAGCUCUAAAGGUGAACUGUUACAAAGGAUAGCAAGACAGACCUUGCAUGAGUUAGUCAGAUGUAUUUUCUCACAUCUUCCCAAUGUUGCUACACCACAUGUGAAUGAAAAGGAAAACGGUUACAUUAGUUCAAAAACUGAAGGUGCUACAAAUCUUGAUAUGCUUGCAGUUAAAGUGGAUGAAAGUAUUGGUCACACAAAGGAGUUCCUUACAACAGAACCAUACGGGGUUCCAUGCAUGGUGGAAAUAUUUCAAUUUCUUUGUUCUCUUUUAACCGCAGUUGAGAAUUCAAGAGUGGGUCCCGGUCUCAGGUCAAACUCCUUAUCAUACGAUGAAGAUGUUCCUUUAUUUUCCUUGGGAUUAAUUAACUCGGUGGUUGAGUUAGGCGGGGCGUCUCUUGGUCAACACCCUGAGUUGUUGACUUUGGUGGAGAAUGAUCUUUUCCAUAGCUUAAUCCAAUUUGGCUUGUCCCCAAGUCCACUGAUUCUUUCUACUGUGUGUAGCAUUGUUUUGAAUCUAUACCAUCUUCUUAGAACAAAGCUGAAGCUACAACUGGAAGCUUUCUUUUCUUCUGUGCUCAUGAGAAUUGCACAAAACAAACACGGAGCUAAAUAUCAACAACAGGAAGUUGCCAUGGAAACUAUUGUUGAUCUCUGUAGGCAACCGAUGUUUAUUUAUGAAAUGUACACCAAUUACGAUUGCGACAUUUCCUGUAGCAAUAUCUUUGAAGAUCUAGUCAACUUGUUGUCAAAAAGCGCGUUUCCGGUCAACACCCCGUUGACCGCUAUUCACGUUCUCGCUCUCGAAGGAUUAAUCGCCAUGACAAAUUGUAUUUCCGAAAAAAUCACCGGGAACUGUGAAGUACAAGUAUCAGAACACACGAUUCCAGAUCCUGAAAAUGAGCCAUUUUGGAAGGUGAAAUGUGAAAAUUACGAGAACCCUGGUUGUUGGGUACCAUAUAUUCAUAAAACGAAGCACUUGAAGAAAAAGUUAUCAGUUGGGUCGGAUCAUUUCAAUACGGAUCCUAAAAAGGGUCUUGAGUUUCUUCAAGGAUUGCGUAUGUUACCCGAUACACUUGAUCCGGUAAGUGUCGCGUGUUUUUUAAGGUACACAACCGGAUUGGAUAAGAUUCUUAUUGGCGACUAUUUGGGAAACCAUGAUCGGUUCAAUGUCGAUGUCCUUCUAGAAUUUGCUAAAACGUUUGAUUUUCAUGACAUGAACUUAGACAUCGCGUUACGUGUGUUUCUAGAGACUUUUAGAUUGCCCGGUGAAGCCCAAAAGAUUCAGAGAUUUGUCGAGGCCUUCGCCGAUCAAUUCUACGAACAAUCACCGGAUAUAUUCGCGAACAAAGACGCCGCACUUUUGUUGUCUUACUCCCUAAUAUUACUUAACACAGACAGACACAGUCCACAAGUGAAGAAAAAGAUGACCGAAGAAGAUUUUAUCCGUAACAACCGGAGAAUAAACGGGGGAAAUGAUCUCCCGCGUGAGUAUCUUUCCGAGCUGUACAGCUCGAUUUGUGAAAACGAGAUCCGUAUGACCCCGGCACAGGGUGCCGGGGUCAUGACCCAUGAUAACUGGGUCGGGCUCCUUCACAAAUCGAGACAAACUGUUCCGUAUAUCGUUUGCGAUUCGGGCGAACAAAUUAACAACGAAAUGUUUGCUAUUUUGUCCGGCCCGACUCUUGCUGCUUUAUCAGUGGUUCUUGAUCUUGUGGAACAAGACGACGUGUUGCAAACAUGUAUAGACGGAUUCUUAAAAGUUGCUAAGAUUGCCGGGUGUUAUCAGCUCGAUGAUGUCAUCGACGGGUUACUCGUGGCUCUAUCCAAGUUCACAAACCUUUUAACUCCUGUGUCUAUGGAAGAACCGGUUUUCGCAUUCGGUAACGAUACUAAAGCUAUGAAAGCAACUAUCGGUGUUUUCACAAUUGCAAACACCUACAGUGAUUACAUAAGGUCCGGUUGGAGAAACACGGUUGACUGCAUUUUGACUUUACACAAACUCGGUCUUCUUCCGACCCGUUUAGCAACUGACACAGCUAACGAUUCAGACCAAAUCGAAGAUCCCGGAAAAUCCGUUCUUCUGUCACCGCCACCGCCAGCUGUCCUUGCGUCUCAUUCGCGAAAGUCAUCGGGCCUCAUGGGCCGCUUCAGUGACUUUUUAUACUACGAUACGGAAAAACCUGCCCCGCAACCCUCUCAAGAACAUCUCGAAGCCCACAAACGUGCUGUCGAAACUGUAAAAAGUUGUCACGUGAAUAACAUUUUCACAGAGAGUAAGUUUCUUCAAUCUGAUUCUCUUUUGAAUCUCACCCGGGCUCUCAUUUUAUCCGUGGGCCAAAACAAAAACGAAGAAGCUUCGGUUUUCUGUCUGGAAUUACUAAUCACCGUGACAUUAAACAACCGCGACAGAAUCAUGCUGUUAUGGGAAAAUGUUUUCGGUUACAUUUCAAAUAUUGUCCAGUCAGCAGUAAUGCCGAGUACUUUAGUUGAAAAAGCGGUUUUUGGUUUAAUCCGGAUUUGUCAGCGACUACUUCCUUACAAGGAGAAUCUAACAGACGACCUUUUAAAAUCCCUUCAACUUAUCCUAAAACUCGAUGCGCGUGUAGCCGACGCAUACUGUGAACACAUCACGCAAGAAAUCAUGCGUUUAGUAAAAGCAAACGCGCGACAGAUAAAAUCCCACCUCGGUUGGCGUACAAUCACUUCUCUCGUUUCCAUCACCGCAUGUCAUCCGGAAGCUUCCGACCCCGGAUUCCAAACCCUAGAAUUCGUCAUGUUUGAAGGAACACAUCUCCUCCCCGCAAAUUUCGUCCUAUGUGUCAAUGCAGCUCGGCAGUUUGCCGAGUCACGCGUAGGCGAAACGUCUCGAUCAGUUAAGUCGUUGGACUUAAUGUCGGGAUCAGCUAUGUGUCUAGUGAAAUGGUCUCGUGCCACUAGUGAAGGUGAAGAAGGUGAAGCUGCUGAUAAAGUUUAUCAAGAUAUUGGAGAAAUGUGGUUGAGAUUACUACAAAGUUUAAAAAAAGUGUGUCUAGACCCGCGAGAAGAAAUUAGGAAUCACGCGGUUUUCACAUUGCAAAAGUGUUUAACGGGUUUGGACGGGAUUCAUCUUGAAGACGAAAUGUGGGCCCAGUGUUUCGAUUUGGUGGUUUUCACUUUAGCGAGUGAGUUGUUAGAAAUAAUGCAAGAAAAGUCAACGAAAGAGUAUCGGAACAUGGAAGGUACGGUUGUUUUAUGUGUGAAGCUUUUGUUGAAUGUGUUUUUGUAUUCGUUACCGAGUCUUUGUCGGUUGGCGUCGUUUUGUAAAGUGUGGAUAGGGGUUUUGAGUUGUUUGGAGAGGUUUAUGAAGGUGAAAAUUAGGGGGAAAACGAGUGAUAAGAUUCAUGAGAUGGUGAUGGAGCUUUUGAAGGAGGGUUUGGUUGUGAUGAAAGGUAAUGGGAUUCUUGUUGAGAGUGAUUCGGUUGGGUCGGAUAGUUUUUGGCAGUUGACUUGGUUACAUGUCAAAAAUAUCGCGCCUAAUUUGCAGGCGGAGAUUUUCCCUGUGUCUUGAAACGAUUUACUUGUGUUUUGUGUUAUGAAUCUUUGGAAUUUUGUUGUAUACUUACUUAGGCUGUAUAAUGUUUGGAGAUGUUUAGAGGGUUUUGUUUUGUUGGAUAUUUGGCGUAUGUUAAGGUAGAGAGAAAUGGUGAGAGCAUACAUUGUUUUACUUGACAUUUAUGAAGUACAUUAGCGAG